AUGCGCCUCUACAUUACGUUCCUCCUCGUCGCUGCGAGCGCCGCCGGCGAACAUUCAACGCCAUCCGGCCGGAAAUCCCAAGGCAUCACCAAUAGAUUCCACUCGUGGCGCAUGACAACCUUGCGCAAGCUUCUUCACAAAGGCGCUGCGGCUGCUACAGCCGGCGGCAGCGCAGCUGUAGCGGCGAAACCAUUGGCGACGCCUGCCGCCACGGGCACGUGUCAGGCGUCGACCCUCGCGGGUUACACGAGCUCCGUGGACCUUUCGGGCAACGGUCUCAUCCUGCACUGGAAAAAGUCAACGGGGAUAACGAUCGACCUCGCGCUCGAGGCCACGUCAACGAGCGGCGCGGCGAGCGGGUGGUUCGCAGUCGCGUGGACUAACGGCGGCAUGUUCAACUCCGACGCGGUCAUCGGGAACCUCGCGACGGCCAGCGGCGUCGGCACGUACGCGAUAUCGAGCUACUCGAGUGUGGUUACCACAACACGCUUCGCCAUCACCGGGGCGAGCGUCACUUCAUCAGGCGGGAGCACGAUCGUAAAAUUCACGCGCGCCGCGGGAAAAGGUCUCGUGCCGGUGAAUGUGGCGGGAAGCAACAAGCUCGUGUGGGCUUACUCGAUGAGCGGCUCGAAGACACUCGCCAUCCACGGCGGCGCGCACAGAGGAGCCAGUACUGUUGACUUUUCUUGCGACGGCACUGGUGGCUCGGGUUCAGGCUCGGGGUCAGGCUCCGGCUCUGGGUCAGGCUCCGGGUCAGGCUCAGGAUCAGGCUCGGGAUCAGGCUCGGGCACUGGCGCAGGCACGUGCACGGGCAACACGGGCGUGAGCGGCACCAAAUGCCCUGCGUCCACCCUCUGCGGCUACUCCUACCAGGCGCAGAUCAAACCGGGAGUGCUGCUGCACUGGAAGCGCGCGUCCGCCACGCAGCUGGACAUGGCUGUGGAGCUCAAGAGUAGCAGCGGCGCCGCAAACGGCUGGUUCGGCCUUGGCUGGGCCAACGGCGGCGAUAUGGCUCCCUCCGACGCAGUCAUUGGCAACAAGGCUGGGGGACUCGUCAGCGCGUACCACAUCACCGGCCAGAGCAUGGCCUCGUUACAAGGCGCAUCGUUUGACAUUGGCGCCAAUGCUGGCACCGUGACAUCAGCUUCGGGAUCUACAGUGAUCCAGUUCUCGCGCACGGCCAACACGGGGGCUAUUCCCAUGAAGAUGAGCGGACUCAAGACGCUCAUAUGGGCGCAUUCCAACACCAACUCCCAAACCCUUGACUUCCACGGCGACAGUGUAGGUGGAAUGAGAGUGGACUUCUCCUGUGCCAAGGCCCCAUCUUCUCACAAUGGGGAGGGCAGCGAUGGCGGUGCCAUGGCUCGCCACGCAAUGGGCGUAAUACACCUUCUUAUAUUGGCUUCCUCUCUAUUCUCCGCGGCGCACGCUGCGGACAUGAAAUACCGCGGCGACCUCGCGGGUUCUGGAGAUUCCAACAAUCAGUUCAUUGGCAAUCACGAGCCCGUCAGUCCCGCCGCUGUCAUCACACCCCGCCCCAACGACCCCGAGCCUGCUAUCCCGCCUCCCGAGCCUGUUACAGCGGCGAGCGACCCCGUCUCCACUCCAAACCCGGCAUCGGGCUCUCAAGACGUCUUCACUGACGAUCCUUUCGGAACAUCUGGGCCGUCGAUCUCGAACCCCGGUCCGUCGUUCGACCCCAACGACCCUCUGGGCGGCAGGGACCCUCUCGCGGGCGACGACUCCAAGACCGGUGUUCAGCAGACAAGCGCGGCGGAUUCUAGCGCGUAUGCCGGGACUGUGCAGCCUAACCAGGUCAGCUCGGGGAUCCCGAUCACUCCCAAUAUUCCAGACAAUGACACGACUCCGAAUAUUCCCGAUACCCCAGACAGCGGCACGAACCCGGUUUUUCCCAACACUCCAGGCAACGACACUAGCACGGUUGUUCCCGAUACUCCAAACAACGUCACUGACACUGGCGUCGCGCAAAAUUCCACCUGCGACCCGUCCGACUUGGACGGUUACACGUCGUCGUAUCAAAUCACCAAGUACGGCCACGUGCUCCACUGGGCCGUCGUCUCUCCAACGGUCGUCAAAAUCGCGUUCGAGACGAAGCACGGCAGCGGUGCGAGGCUGGGAUGGGUCGCUGUUGGAUUCUCCAAGGACGGCAAGAUGAAGAAAGCUGACGCAAUCAUCGGCAACUUGCCGGACACGCCCAUCGCAGCCUACUCGAUGAAGGGAUACGACGCGGAUUCUAUCAAGGUCAACAAGGACCUCUGGAUCGGCGACGACGCGAGCCUCCUCUCGAAGACCAACGGGAGCCUCAUCAUGAAUGGCUCUUUCCAAGUUGACUUUUCGUGCAACGGCGGCGGCGGCGGCGUGGCGGCGCAACAAACGGUGCCGGUGGUGGCGGCGCAGGGCGGAAAUGUGACGGUGGGGUCGUCGUGCCCCAAGUCGACGCUAAGCGACUUCGAGCACCAAGCGGAUCUCUCCGGCGGAAAGAUUCUGCUGCACUGGAAGGUUCUGCCCGGUCCCGUCUUCCAGAUGGCUCUCGAGGCGAAGCCCCUCAGUGGCGCGGAGAACAGCUGGAUUUCCGUCGGGUGGUCCAACAACGGGGCCAUGGCGCCUGCCGACGCCGUUGUUGGUAACACGCCCGGGAUCAAGGCGUACCGACUCGAUGGUUACAAGAUGGCUGAGAUCGUCAACGACACGUUUUCGCUCGGGCCGAACCCGUCUGUUACCACCUCGACAUCUGGGUCCACAAUUGUGAAGUUCUCUCGCACCAACGGGGAUGGCGGCACGGUUCCGAUCAACCUGAGCGGCGAGACGUAUGUCAUCUGGGCCUUCUCCCGCGGCAUGCUCGAGGCGUUCGGCUAUCACGAAAACAACAGGGGUCUCGCCAUGGUUGAUUUCCUCUGCAACAAGGACUCCACCAUUCUGAUGCGGCCUGGCGAAAAUAUUGCGAACAUUCCUGGUGCUAAUGUGGAUGACGACCCUUACGCGAGUCUGACCCCUGCCGAGCGGGCGGACAAGGAGGCCCGCAGAGAGCGCCGGACAGCGCGCCGAGCCAAUCGCGGGGCUAUCUUCCGUUCAUGGGCCGACGCUAUGUUUGGCCUCCCCAGCCCUGUCCAAACGUCCCGUCCGUCAUCGCCAUUGCCCUGA